AUAUGAUAUGAUGUUUGAUCAUAUCUCACAACCUGGGUAAAGAUGCGACCGGGCGGCUCCUUCGUGCUGGUCAUUUUUGUUUUGGUACUAGCAGUAUCCUGUGGCAAAAAAGGAAAGAAUAAAGGAAUCACAUACCAACCAUGCAUGAAACUUUGCAACCAAAAUGCUUUGGUGGACUGCAAAAGUAAAUGUACAACCAAAAAGGGAUAUGUUGUUGAUGAUGUAUGCUGGAAAGUGUGUUUAGAAGAGAACCUACUGGGGGUUAAAUUUGCACUUUUUCCUUGCCUCAAGAAUUGUUCGAUAAAACCGGCUGUAUGUCCACCGCCAGGUGAUCCUAAAUAUGGUGAUCCGCCUACUAAAUGCUGUAUAAAUGCUAUAUGGCAUUCGCCUAAGGAGGGCAGAAAGUUUCUGUGUCAGCAUGUUAAUGGCAGGUCUCAGCUCCUCAAACAAUGUAAAAAGGGAGAACUAUUUUCACUUUGGGGCUGCGAAUGUAUUGCACAACCAGAAUGUCCAGAUAGAUCAGAUCCUCGUUAUGGAUCUGGGGAUCCCCCUGAACAAUGUUGCAUCAAUGGCACAUUCCACAAGCCAACGACUAGGAAUAAAUAUUUAUGUACACGAGUCAGCGAUGGGAAAACCAUAAAAAAGGAAUGUCCGAAAGGACAAAAGUUUGUUAUACGCUCGUUCAAAAACUGUAGCUGUGAGAUACCCUCUCCGCCACCACCUCCUCCUGUAGGCUGUAAAUGGUCAAAAUGGAAUUCAUGGUCGGGUGCACCUUGUUCUAAGUUAUGUGGAACCGGAGAAAGAGCCGAACAAAGGACAAGAGGAAAACAGUUGGGUACAAGAUUUCCAAACUCUGAAUGCCAAGGUGAUUCUGUUGAGGAUAGAAGAACAACUUGUAACACAUUUCAAUGUUGUGAAUGGUCUCAAUGGACUAAUUGGACGACCAGAAAUGAUGAAAGGUGUUCAAAGAGUUGUGGUGGUGGCACCAUAGCUAAAUACAGGACAAGGACUGAAAUAUUUGGCAACAUUGGGGCUUCAAGUGUGUGUCAAGGAGACUCUGAAGAAAGAAAAAUUGAAAGUUGUAACACUGCAUGCUGCAUGAAAUGUAAAUGGACUGAAUGGAGCGAAUGGGUCUAUAGCUCAUGUAUGAGGUCUGACGAUCAAGCAAAUAGAGGUAACAUCACAGAGCCAUGUUCUGAGUUUGGCAUAAGGACGUGCAAUCGAACAAGGACUUGUUCUGACUGCUCUUGUAUUAGCAAACGAGAUGUAGAAACCAAUUUGCAUACGCGAAUUCGUCGAGGCUCCCAGGAUAUUGUGGACCGUGCUGAAUGUGUCGGUGCAUCUAUACAGCAUAAAUCUGAACAAUGUUGCAGAGUUAAAGGUUGUCCUCCUGAAGGCGAUGUGAGGUAUGGGGUAGACCCUGGUAAUCUUACAUCUUGUUGCGUUAACAACCAGUGGAAAAUUCCUACCGAGGGCAGGAACUACAUUGUCACAGAUAUAUCCGGGAUUAACUCU